UUAUUUGAAAUUUGAUGUUCUGCUAACAUCUCCAAACUCCUCAAAAGUCUGCCCACAUUGUAGCUGUCAAAAAACUGCAAGUUUUUUUCAGUCGAGCAAGUGUUGAAAAAUUCCUAAGCAAAGAUGUUGGCCAAACACAUUGUCAAACAAGGUCUUCUUUUGAAAAAUGCCGGAGUUUUGUCCCGUGCUGCUUAUCACGGCAGUGGCAUAAAAACCACCAUGAAUGACUUGCCCGUACCCCAGGGUGACUGGAAAGAACACCACAGCCGUCAAAAUACUAAAUACAAUGCCGUUUUGUUUGCUGGUAUUGCAGCUUUGGUCGGCACUAUUGCUAUUGCCAAAACUACGGGCGUCAUCUUCUUGAACUUCAGUCCCCCACAAUCUUUGGAUUAAAUUUUUCCGUGUAUUUGCGUGUUUAAGCUAAUUUUACUUUAAUCAAAAUAAUAACCUACGCGGCAAAAUAAAUAAAUGAAAUAAAACCCAA